GCUACGAGCGUUUUUCUUCCUUGUGGUUUCCGUCUCCUUUUAAUGUUUUUAUGGGCUCACCCCACAUCUUGUUCCUGCUAGUCUAUGGGGUUUAUCUGCAAGUCAUCGUCCUAGUUCACAGGCUCUUAUUGGUCUCUCGGCUUUCUUUCGCCCUGCGGUUUUUGUUGAACCGUUCGGUGGCUUUCUCUCUCUUUUUUAUCUUUGCCCUGCUGAUGAUCCAUGGAGUUCGUUCACCACCCGCCGUGUAAGAAGCAGAGGUGCGAGCUAGGUGCUGACCCGCGCGACGAGACCGAGACCGGCAUGGAGGACCUGCCGAGGGAGAUCGUCCUCGACAUCCUGUCGCGGCUGCCUGUCACGUCGAUCGUGCGGUUCCGGCUCGUCUGCCGGUCCUGGCGGGCUCUGGGCCGAGACCCGCUUCUUCCCGACGCGCAGCUCGCCCGCACGGCGGCGAGAGAUCCGGUCCUGGUGCUCCACAGCGACUUCCCUCUCCGGAACCUGCUCAGCUUUGUGGAGUUGUCUGCUCGGGACCAGGAUUGCGAGCACAACAGAUCCAAGAAGACCCCUGUCGGGAAAUUCAAUCCCCCUUUCUUGAAUUCGAUGCCCGAAUUCGACGUGGUCGGUUCCUGCAACGGCUUGCUGUGCCUCGCCGAUCUGCUCUACACGGAGACGCUGUUCGUGUACAAUCCCUUCACGAGGGACUGCAGGGAGCUGCCGCGGUCGCGGCAGUACGCGGAUCAGACCGUUGUCUUCGGGUUCGGUUUCCACCCGGAAACCAGGGAGUACAAGGUGAUCAAGAUAGCGUACUACCCGAACCCAUCAAGGGCCGGGGCGGGGGCACGGCGAGCGCGGCGGGUCCCGCACAUGCAGUCGGAGGUCCAGGUCCUGACGCUCGGCGGGAGGAGGAGCCCGAGCCCAAGCCCGGCCUGGCGGAGCCUGGGGCGGGCGCCGUACCAGAUCGACAAGCGCCCGUCGGAGACGGUGGUCAACGGGAGGCUGCACUGGGUGGCGGGGCCGCGGAGGUACCGGACGGCGCGGCAGCUGGUGUCGUUCGACCUGGCGGACGAGCAGUUCCGGGAGGUGCCGAGGCCGGAGGGGGGCACCAUCGGGCGGUCCUACUACCAGCUGAUGGAGCUGAGGGGGUGCCUGUCGGCCAUAGUGUACUGCAACUACGGGAGGCUGGAGAUUUGGGUGAUGAAGAGGUACGACGCGAAGGAGUCGUGGGCGAGGGAGCACGUCAUCGGGUCGUACAUGCCCAAGGCACUGAAGCAGAAUCCGACCAACUUCAUGCCGUUCAAGAUGUGGAAGAGCAAGAGCAGGAGGGUGUCUAGGGUGGUGUGCGGAUUGGACAGCGGGGAGAUAUUGUUGGAGUACAAGAGCAGGGCGUUGGCGGCUUACGAUCCCAAAAGGGGUAAGUUUAGGGACAUUUGGUUGCAGGGCAUGCCCAAUUGGUUCCGUGCAUUUGUUCAUGUGGGAAGCCUCAGCUGGAUAGAUUCCCACUCAGAAACAUGACCAUUUCUUCAAACCCAAAAAAAAAAAAAAAAAGUAAGGAAAGAAAGAGAAACAGGAAGAGGGAGAAGAAGAAGAAGAAGAUGCUUCACUGUAUUGUAAGUUCAAGUUCAAGUUCACAUCUUUAAUUAUUUGAAAUUUAAUUAGGGUUUCAUGUUCUCUCUCUCUCUCUCUCUCUCAUUGUGAAUCUGCUUUUGUGAGUUCAGAAUUUCUCUUUUGUUUAAGGGUUGUGAUUGGCAUCAACUCCAUUCAGAUCAUGUGCUCACACCAGGUUGGGAUUUGGUUUUUUUUUCUUUUCAAAUGGGUGGGAGCUCUUUUCCAAUCUGUAUGGGGUGUGACUCAAAGUCCGGUUGGAUAAAAAUCUAAACUUUUGGGCUGGCCUUUGGCGCCCCACCAGGA